AUGGUGCUCAGUCUCAACGUUAUUCUGUUCCUAGCUUUGCAUAUCUUGCCUGGAAUGAAAAGCUCAAUGGUAAAUUUGAAUAACAAUGGGUAUGAUGGUAUUGUCAUUGCAAUUAACCCUAGUGUACCAGAAGAUGAAAAACCCAUUCAAAACGUAAAAGAAAUGGUAACUGAAGCUUCUACUUACCUGUUUCAUGCUACCAAAUGAAGAGUUUAUUUCAGUAAUAUAAGCAUUUUAAUUCCAAUGACCUGGAAGUCAAAAUCUGAGAACUUAAUGCCUAAACAAGAAUCAUAUGAACAGGCAGAAGCCAUAGUUGCUACUCUUUACCUAAAAUACGGAAAUGAUCGCUAUACACUUCGAUAUGGACAAUGUGGAGAAAAAGGACAAUAUAUACAUUUUACUCCAAACUUCUUGUUGACUAAUAAUGUGCCUAUCUAUGGGUCCUGAGGCAGAGUAUUUGUCUCUGCCCAUCUCUGAUGGGGAGUAUUUGAUGAGUAUAAUGUGGACCGACCAUUCUAUAUCUCCAGAAGGAACACUAUUAAAGCAACAAGAUGUUCAACUCAUAUUACUGGUAUUAACGUGGUUUUCAAGGAAUUCCAGGGAGGCAGCUGUAUAACAAGGCCAUGUAGACGUGACUCACAGACAGGGUUGUAUGAAGCAAAAUGUACAUUUAUCCCAGAAAAAUCCCAGACUGCAAGGGAAUCCAUAAUGUUUAUGCAAAGUCUUGAUUCUGUGACUGAAUUUUGUACAGCAAAAACACACAACAGAGAAGCUCCAAACCUACAAAAUAAAAUGUGCAAUCUCAGAAGCACGUGGGUUGUCAUGGACUCUCAUGAUUUUCGGAAUGCAUCUCCCAUGACAGGAAAAAAUCCACCUCCUCAUCCUACAUUUUCAUUGCUCAAGUCCAAACAGCGAGUAGUCUGCUUGGUACUUGACAAAUCUGGAAGCAUGAAUACAUACGACCGUCUCCUUCAAAUGAAUCAAGCAGCAGAAUUAUUCUUGAUUCAAAUUAUUGAAAAAGGAUCUUUGGUUGGAAUGGUCACAUUUGACAGUUUUGCUGAAAUCCGAAAUAAUCUAACAGAAAUAACUGAUGAUAAUGCUUACCAAAACAUCGUUGCAAACCUGCCUCAAUCUGCUGGUUCCUUCCAAUCUGUAAUUAAUAAUCUGGUUUUUCACUAUCAGGCAAUUGUCUACAGUAACCAGAGUACUUUUGGUUCUGAAAUCAUAUUACUAACAGAUGGGGAAGAUAAUGAAGUAAGCUCAUGCUUUGAGGAGGUAAAACAAAGUGGUGCGAUCAUCCAUACCAUUGCUCUGGGCCCUUCUGCUGCCGAAGAACUGGAGACCUUGUCAAAUAUGACAGGAGGACUUCGUUUUUCUGCCAAUAAAGACAUAAAUGGCCUUAUUGAUGCUUUCAGUAGAAUUUCAUCUAGAAGUGGCAGCAUCACUCAACAGGCUAUUCAGUUGGAAAGUAAAGUCAUCAAUAUUAGAGAGAGGAAAUGGGUAAAUGGUACAGUGCCUGUGGAUAGUACAAUUGGAAACGACACUUACUUUGUUGUCACAUGGACAAUAAAAAAGCCAGAAAUUAUUCUCCAAGAUCCAAAAGGAAAGAAAUAUAAAACCUCAGAUUUCCAAGAAGAUAAACUAAAUAUUCGGUCUACUCAUCUUUGAAUACCAGGUAUUGCAGAGACAGGUACUUGGACUUACAGCCUUCUAAAUAAUCAUGCCAACUCUCAAAUGUUAACAGUGAUAAUGACUACUCGAGCAAGAAGUCCUACCACACUCCCAGUAAUUGCAACUGCUCACAUGAGUCAAAAUACAGCACAUUACCCUAGCCCAAUGAUUGUUAAUGCACAAGUCAGUCAAGGGUUUUUACCUGUUCUGGGAAUCAACAUAACAGCCAUUAUAGAAACUGAAGAUGGACAUCGAGUAAUAUUGGAGCUCUGGGACAAUGGUGCAGGUGCUGAUACUGUCAAGAAUGAUGGCAUCUACUCGAGAUAUUUUACAGAUUACCAUGGAAAUGGUAGAUACAGCUUAAAAGUGCAUGCCCAGGCAAGAAAAAACAUGGCUAGGCUAAGUUUAAGAGAACGACAGAACAAAGCUCUAUAUAUACCAGGCUACGUUGAAAAUGGUAAAAUUAUACUGAACCCACCCAGACCUGAAGUCAAAGAUGACAUGGCAGAAGCUGAAGUAGAAGACUUCAGCAGGCUAACCUCUGGAGGACCGUUUACUGUAACAGGAGCUCCGCCUCCUGGAAAUCAUACUCAUGUGUUCCCACCAGGUAAAAUUACAGACCUCCAGGCUAAGUUUAAAGAAGAUCAUAUUCAACUUUCAUGGACUGCCCCUGGCAAUGUCCUUGAUAAAGGAAAAGCCAACAGCUACGUUAUAAGAAUAAGUAAGUGUUUCCUGGAUCUCCAAGAUUUUGACAAUGCUGCUUUAGUGAAUACUUCUAGUCUAAUACCUAAGGAGUCUGGCUCAAUAGAAAAUUUUGAAUUUAAACCAGAACCUUUCAAAAUAGAAAAUGGCACCAAAUUCUAUAUUGCAAUCAAAGCCAUCCAUGAAGCCAAUCUCACCUCGCAGGUUUCUAACAUUGCACAAGCAACCAAGUUUAUUCCUCCGCAGGAACCCAGUACCUCUGGUCUGGGUACCAAGAUUUCUGCAACCAAUUUGGUAAUUUUUGGAGUAGCUGUGAUUUUAUCUAUAUUUUAA